UGAUGUAUUUGAGUUAUGAUACUUUGCUCCCUAAUACAAAUACCAUGCCUUUGUGGUAGUGCCCCAUGCCUGCUAUGCCGAUGCUGCCCCAGUGGAAACAACUCCACAGUUACCCGUCUCAUCUAUGCCUUCUUCUUGCUUAUUGGAGUGACAGUCGCAUGUGUAAUGCUGAUACCAGGAAUGGAGGAACAACUAAAGAAGAUACCUGGCUUUUGUGAUGGUGGGAUGGGUUCUUCAAUACCAGGAAUUAGCGGCCACGUUAAUUGUGAUGUACUGGUUGGCUACAAGGCUGUGUACCGAGUUUGCUUUGGAAUGGCCAUGUUUUUUCUUCUCUUUUCCUUACUUAUGAUAAAAGUGAAGAGCAGCCAGGAUCCCCGUGCUUCUGUCCAUAAUGGAUUCUGGUUUUUUAAGUUUGCGGCAGCAGUUGGAAUCACUGUUGGAGCAUUUUUUAUUCCUGAGGGUCCCUUCACAACAGUUUGGUUUUAUGUGGGCAUGGGUGGUGCUUUCUGCUUCAUCCUCAUCCAGUUGGUGUUGCUUAUUGAUUUUGCCCAUUCUUGGAAUGAAUCCUGGGUUGAAAAAAUGGAAGAAGGGAACUCAAGGUGCUGGUAUGCAGCGCUACUCUCAGCCACAGGAAUGAAUUAUGUUCUGUCGCUGGUGGCUAUAGUCCUUUUCUACGUUUAUUAUACCCAUCCUGAAGGUUGUGCAGAAAACAAGGCUUUUAUCAGUGUAAAUAUGCUGCUGUGCAUUGGAGCUUCAUUAAUGUCUGUUUUGCCUAAAAUCCAGGAAUCUCAGCCCAGAUCUGGUUUACUGCAGUCAUCAGUGAUAACUGUAUACACCAUGUAUCUAACUUGGUCAGCAAUGACCAAUGAACCAGACAGAAAAUGCAACCCCAGCUUGCUGAGUAUAAUUGGUUACAAUUCCACAAGCACUCCAGGCCAGGUUAAGGUUGUGCAGUGGUGGGAUGCUCAGGGAAUUGUAGGACUUGUGCUGUUUUUGCUGUGUGUUCUUUAUUCAAGCAUUCGAACUUCCAACAACAGCCAAGUCAACAAACUCACUUUGACCAGUGAUGAAUCAACCCUGAUAGAGGAUGGUGGAAGAAGUGAUGGUUCGAUGGAGGAUUCUGAUAAUGCACACCGAGCAGUGGAUAAUGAGAGGGAUGGGGUUACUUACAGCUAUUCCUUCUUCCACUUCAUGCUUUUUCUUGCAUCCCUUUAUAUCAUGAUGACGCUCACCAACUGGUACAGUCCUGACUCAUCCUAUGAAAUGAUGACCAGUAAAUGGCCUUCUGUUUGGGUGAAGAUCUCCUCCAGCUGGGUGUGUAUCGUGCUGUAUGUGUGGACACUGGUUGCCCCGCUGGUCCUUACCAACCGUGACUUUGAUUAGUCUGAUUUAAAUCUGUGUGCAGUUUUAUUCAGUGUAAAUGUGCCUGGAACACCAGGCUAUACAGUAUUUGCCUUUUCUGCAUGUUACAUCUUAACAUUUCUCCCAAAAGCAUGUUAUGGUAUAUGGACUGUGAGACUAGUUAAUUAGAGCUGCACUUCAUAAGCUUUAUUUGAGAUUAUGUUGUAAGCAACCUAAUUUAUUAUCAUAUGAGUAAACAGGAGAUGAUGUUACUUGGGUUUUAUGCUUAUAAACUGUUUUGUGGAAAGCAGUUUUAUUAUAAAAUGCAUUUUGCACAUUAGUUAGCACAGGAAAUUACUCAUAUUUGUUUGUGCUAGAGGUUAACUUUCCUUAAUUUUUUUUUUCUAAAUUAAUCAUUGAUGUUAUACUUUUUUUUUAUUCCCUAAUGCACAAAUGAAUUUCCUGUAACUUAAAGACUUUAAUGCUUAUGUCUAAGCAGCAUGAAAACACAAAUUUGACAGUCAAUAUGGUCAAUGAAAAUCUGAAACAAAUCUGCUAACCCCCUCAUAGCUGGAGCAUGUAAACAGAGACUGUACUAUAACUUUAAGGCCACUUUUCAACCAAAUGGUUGGACAGACUGACUUACAGCUAACAAGUUAGAUCAAAGUCUGCAGAGGCCGGUAAUACCAGAAAGUGAAAGAUUUUUGUCUAGCAGCAACUUUGUUUUCUCCUCUCUAAGGUUACCUUAGAGAGGAGAAAACAAAGUGGUCAAAGUGCCCCAAAUGAUAUUUCAUUUGGGGCACUUUGACUUUGACCACUGCUUCCAUCAGGCAAAAAAACAAGUGAUCAAAUGCCCUUCUCAGCUUUCUUACCCUUCCUGUGAAAAAUACUAGGAUAGUCGGACCUCUGUUUCAAAACUUUUGUGAACAUUUUUAAAUUCUGUCUGUCGCCGCUACAUGUGGUUCAGACACAGAUUAGUGUGGAAAGCCAUAAUAGGGGCUUUUUGACUGCUGCUAUUUUGCCCUUGUGAUGUAAGUGUAAAGCUCUAUUUUAACGUCAAUGACAGUUACCAUGACUAAACUGCAGCUUAUGCAUUUGAACUAUAUUUAAAAAAAAAAAAAAAAAAAAAAAAAAAAUAGGCCGAACAGUUUGUACAACUACAAGGUAAAAGUCAUUUCCCUUUUCGGUGUUACUGGUCCUUCUUGUGGCUUUUUUGAAUUUAUGCAACUCCAGCCAUUUUGAUUAGUUGUGUAAUCAUGCAGUUUAACCAUUGUAUUAAACUAUUGUGAGGUAAAUAGUUGUAUUUUAUUCUAUUUAGUAACUUCAUAACAUAUUAAAGUUAAUGGAGCAAACUUGUUUCAACUGUGAACAUGUCUGUUAAGGUGGUAUCUUAUUAAACAUAAUAACAAAA